AUAUUGAAUGGGAAAUUCCAACUGAAUGCGGACGUUCGAAGCGUUUCGAGUGUUUUCCUUUCGACUUGCGACUUGUGCUCGCUGCUGGUCGGCGGAACUAUGAAUUGAAUUGAGUUGAUUUGGCAUGUGAAUUGCUUUCAUUUUUCUUUAUUUUUAUUUGUUAUUUUUUUUCUCAUAUUGCGAUUGUGGCGAUUUCUAAAGAACUUUGGUGUCUUUGACGUUGCCACCGACUCCUGCUCAAUAGCUCAGUGUGUCAGGAGGCAUGGCACAGCCGCAUAAAUUUCGAUUUCGAUUCCGAUUUGCUCGACUCGAAAGCACACAAAGACAGCCGAAGGCGAAGGCGAUGUUUGCUCAGUGACCAAGGCGGCCCCAGCUGGGAGAACGGCAGCUGACAUAACUGGUCUCUAAUUACGUUUGGGCAAACAGACCAAAUUGCAGGUGUCACAACAUUACCUGGCCGAGCCGCACGAGCAACAUUUUGGCGAACGAGCUCAUUUGCGGAUGCGACGCGCUGGCGAACGGCGGCAUGUGGACCCAACUGCUGCUCCUCUUGGCACUCGCUCCAUUUCACUGGGGCUACGCUCGGGCAGCGGCCUCAUCGCUGGAUGAGCUGCUGGCGGAGCCGCUGCGCCGGAUACCCUAUCUGCACGUGCUGCUGCGCCAGGGACGACAGCUGCAGGAGGAUGCCCGCAACAGCGACGCCAUGUGGUUCAUGCAGCUCACGGAUGUGCCGCACAUCUUGCACAGCUACGACGAGCGCCGGCCUCUGGAGCUGGACAGCAGGCUGGCUGAGCUGGAUAAGCGCGCCUCCCUGGUGCUGGUGGUCAGCCUGGCUCAGCUGGUCGCCAGCAGCGGCGCCGUCAGCUCGGCGGAUCGUGCCGGCGUCUACUUCUACAUUGUGGCCGAUGUGCCGGACAGCCUGAGCCGCGAGCAGCAGCUGCAGCUGGAGCAGAGCAGCCGCCGGCUGUGGACCCAGCACAGGGUCUUCAAUAGGUACAUUCUGGUGGCUGGCGAUGUCUGGAUCUAUGAUCCAUUUGCGGGCGAGUGGGAUGGCAAUGUGAUGGGCUACGACGAGGACUUCGGUCGCCUCAUCCCCUAUGCGGGCGGUGAGCCCCUCUCCACUCAAUUGUUUCACGACAUGCGCGGCUAUCCGCUGCGUGUGCAGAUCUUCAAGUCGGUCUAUUCCCGGCCGCAGCUGGACCCGGAGACGGGUCUCCUGCGCAGCAUCACGGGCGUCGACUGGGAGGUGGCGCUGGUGAUAGCCGAGGCGCUGAACUUUACGAUGCUGCUCCAGCAGCCGGACAAGAACUACUUUGGGGAGCGCAGUGCGAAUGGCAGCUACAAUGGCGCAAUCGGCUCGAUACUGAACGACGGCCUGGACGUCUGCCUGACGGGCUUCUUUGUCAAGGACUAUCUGGUGCAGGAGUACAUGGACUUCACGGUGGCCGUCUACGAUGAUCAGCUGUGCAUCUAUGCGCCCAAGGCCAGCCGCAUUCCACAGUCGAUUCUGCCCAUCUUUGCGGUUGGCUACGACAUCUGGCUGGGCUUCAUCCUGAUGGCGUUCGUGUGCGCGUUCAUCUGGCUGCUGCUGCGCAUCCUCAAUCUGCGGCUGCACAUCAUCAGCGCCCAGAGCCGACGGCUCUGGCAGCAGGCGCUGGGCAUUUUGGUGGACACGUGGGUGGUGUGGGUGCGCGUGAAUCUGAGCCACUUGCCGGAGAGCUAUGCGGAGCGCAUGUUCAUUGGCUCGCUGUGCCUGGUGAGCGUCAUUUUCGGCGCCAUAUUCGAGUCCAGCCUGUCGACCGUCUACAUCCAUCCGCUGCACUACAAGGACAUUCUAACGCUGCAGGAUCUGGACGACAGCGGACUGAAGGUCGUCUACAAGUACACGUCCAUGGCGGAUGACUUGUUCUUUAGCGAAACGUCGCCGCUGUACGCCAGCCUCAAUAAGAAGCUCUGGUGGAACCGGGACCUCAAUGCGGAUGUCACCAAGGAGGUGGCCACUGUGGGCGGCAAGGCAAGCGUCUCCCGGUACUCCUCUCUGAUGAUGGAAUCGGUCAACUUCCUGCUGAUGCGCCGCAUUUGGAUUGUGCCCGAGUGCCCCAAGUACUACACCAUCUCCUAUGUCCUGCCCAGAGAUGCGCCCUGGGAGGAGGCAAUCAAUGCCCAGCUGCUGCGCAUGCUCAACGCUGGCCUCAUCCCGAAAUGGAUCCAGGACCAAAAGUACCGGGUGACCGUCACGACACGCAAGGCGCUCAACGAGCAGGCCGAGGCCACCGAGGUGCGCGUCCUGACCAUCGGCGACCUCCAGCUGGCCUUCUAUGUGGUCAUCGUGGGCACUCUGCUUGCCUCAAUCGCCUUUCUGGCCGAGCACGUCUUCUUCAGACGCCGUGUGCGGCAAGCCACCAAGAAACUCUAGUACAAGCGCAAUCUUUGCAUUCAAUAUUCACUUAUCAAA